AGCGGCCCAGAGUAACUUCCCAGGCGUCCAAUGGCAUCCGAGCCGCCCCUGCAAGGCUUCAGCGUGAACCCCGCGCACCUUUCAGAACCGGAGCCGGGAGCUAAGAUGGCGGCCGCCGACGGAGAUGACUCGCUUUACCCUAUCGCUGUACUAAUCGACGAGCUACGGAACGAGGACGUUCAGCUUCGUCUGAACAGCAUCAAGAAGCUAUCCACUAUUGCACUGGCCUUGGGGGUGGAGAGGACGCGCAGCGAGCUCUUGCCUUUCCUCACAGACACCAUCUAUGAUGAAGAUGAAGUGCUUCUGGCUUUGGCAGAACAGCUGGGAACCUUCACGGCUCUGGUUGGGGGUCCUGAAUAUGUCCACUGCUUGCUGCCGCCCCUCGAGAGCCUUGCCACGGUCGAGGAGACAGUGGUGCGGGACAAGGCCGUGGAGUCCCUGCGGGCAACUUCCCAUGAACACUCUCCGUCUGACCUCGAGGCCCACUUCGUGCCCUUGGUGAAGCGCCUAGCCGGAGGUGACUGGUUCACCUCCCGCACCUCGGCCUGUGGCCUCUUCAGCGUCUGUUAUCCCCGAGUGUCCAGUUCCGUCAAAGCUGAGCUCCGGCAGUAUUUCCGGAAUUUGUGCUCUGAUGACACCCCUAUGGUGAGGCGAGCCGCGGCCUCCAAGCUGGGUGAAUUUGCUAAAGUCUUGGAGUUGGAACAUGUCAAGAGCGAGAUCAUCCCCAUGUUUUCUAACUUGGCCUCUGAUGAGCAGGACUCUGUUCGCUUGUUGGCUGUAGAGGCCUGCGUUAACAUUGCUCAGCUCCUGCCCCAGGAGGACCUGGAGUCUUUGGUGAUGCCGACGCUACGGCAAGCGGCAGAAGAUAAAUCUUGGAGAGUCCGUUACAUGGUGGCUGAUAAGUUCACAGAGCUCCAGAAAGCCGUUGGACCAGAAAUCACCAAGACUGACUUAGUCCCGGCCUUCCAGAACCUCAUGAAAGACUGCGAAGCUGAAGUGCGUGCUGCGGCCUCCCAUAAAGUCAAAGAGUUCUGCGAGAACCUGUCGCCGGACUGCCGUGAGAAUGUCAUCAUGACCCAGAUCUUGCCAUGCAUCAAGGAACUGGUCUCGGAUGCCAAUCAGCACGUGAAGUCCGCUCUGGCAUCUGUGAUCAUGGGGCUGUCACCCAUUUUGGGCAAGGACAACACGAUUGAGCACCUCCUGCCUCUCUUCUUGGCUCAGCUCAAAGAUGAGUGCCCCGAAGUCCGACUCAACAUCAUCUCUAACCUGGACUGCGUGAACGAAGUGAUCGGCAUCCGGCAGCUUUCCCAGUCCCUGCUGCCGGCCAUCGUGGAGUUGGCGGAAGAUGCCAAGUGGCGGGUGCGGCUGGCCAUCAUUGAGUACAUGCCCCUGUUGGCUGGGCAACUGGGCGUGGAAUUCUUUGACGAAAAGCUGAACUCCCUUUGCAUGGCAUGGCUGGUGGAUCACGUCUACGCCAUCCGAGAGGCCGCGACCAGCAACCUCAAGAAGCUCGUGGAGAAGUUUGGCAAGGAUUGGGCCCACGCCACCAUCAUCCCCAAGGUGCUGGCCAUGUCCAACGACCCCAACUACUUGCACCGCAUGACCACCCUCUUCUGCAUCAACGUGCUGUCAGAAGUGUGUGGUCAAGAGAUCACCACCAAGCACAUGCUCCCCACUGUGUUGCGGAUGGCGGGCGACGCCGUGGCAAACGUCCGCUUCAACGUGGCCAAGUCUCUGCAGAAAAUAGGACCAAUCUUGGACAACAGCACCCUUCAGAACGAAGUGAAGCCAGUGCUGGAGAAACUAACGCAGGACCCCGAUGUGGAUGUCAAGUACUUUGCCCAGGAGGCACUGUCUGUGCUGUCACUGGCUUGAGCUCUGGGAGCUGCUGCUGCUGCUGUCUCUUCAACUUGGACGCCGUUGGACCGACCCCCUCUCCCACACGUCUUCCCUGCAUGUGUAUGACCAACUCUCCUCUCCUCCUUCCCCCCCCCCCCCCACCAGAUCUGCACAGUGGUAUUGCCCAGCAGCUCGCCCCAGCCCAUCUCCCUCUUUUGCUCUUAGUUCCCUUGUCUCUGACUUUCCCGGGCAGCUGAUAUAAUCUCUACCCUGUUCCCCAUCUCGACAGGUUCAAGUUUCCCCAUCUAGACAGGUUCAGGAUUUCUUUUUGUUUGUUUGUUUCCUUAUCAGGAUGACAGCAAAUGACACCUUUCCCUACGCCCUGAUGGGCAGAGCGACCCUGAGAGGCCACGCUCGGCGUGAUUAAACACAAGCUCCUUCUUUACGUGAUAGGAGCAAAACCCCGCUCCUCAGGCCUCCGGCUUAUCAACUGCAGUUUGCAUGAGACGUCGCCACGGCUCGGUACAUAGCGGCGCAUGAGAUACCAGUCCAGGCCUUUUCCCUGGCGGUCAGAGCUCAGAUGAAAAGCGGAGUGCUUCUGUGUCUCCUUCCUGUGCCUCCUAUUCAAAAAGACCCCCCCCCCCCCCCCGCCGCUCGUUUCUGCAUUCAGUGUCUGAACACCAGUUGAUUGGAGAGAGGGCACAGAAAAGGAGCCGAUAGCAUGCAGUUCUGUUAGCUAGCAAAGCGCCAAUUGGAAUCAAACGUGGCAGGGUCCAUCCACCCCCCCCUCCCCAAUAGUUAAUUUUAUCUCUUAUCAACUAAACUCUCUUAACGUCACGUCCGUCCCGCCGUUCACGCAUCUCGCAAUGUGAAGCCUCUCGCGUUCCCCCCUCCGGUCAGUCCCGCAGCGUUCGCGGCCGCGCUCCCCUUUGUAAAGAGAAGAGGCUGCGGUUUGAAUCAGUGAAGAGAACCCAAACUUGGGUAGAGGGUGCAAGAAGCCUUGGAGAUAUGGGACGGGUGGUCUCCGGGAGAAGUGAGCAGGUGUUCAUAUUUGGUUUAGCCGAGGGUUCCAGCUUCGCCCUUCUUCUAACAAAGGGGGCACAGAAUUGGUUCUUUAUUAUAAGGGCAUCUUCAGUCGCUGGGAAUAUGAGGGGGAUUCAGCGCUGCAUGGUGAUUGUCCCAGCAGUUGUAUGUUGCAAGGAUGCCCCGUUUUUAUCAUGUGACUGUAAACAAUUAAUUUGACUACUCCUCUCCUCCCCACCUUCUCCCCCUCCGCCUCCCCUUUUUUUUUGCCCCGGUUCUCCGCUCCCUCCGUUCAAGUUUGCUGCCUCCGCCUCCAGGGUUCUCACACCGGGCAAGAGGCUGCGUUGUAACCACACACCUCCUGACACACACCACCCCCAUCAGACCUCUGUUAGCGGCACGUCAUUUUACAUUUGUUGGAUUUUUUGUGUGUGUGCGUGUAUAUACACCCAUUUUUGUUUUUCCUCUCUACGAUUAAUAAAAUGCUCAACCAUUA